CACUGUGGUAGGUACCCGUUGGUGGUGGUUCCCCGGUUCCUCUUACCUGUCGUUUUGAGUCGCUCCACGCGUGAUUAUCACGGUGAUGCUGCUCUUGCUCGGCUGUGAAUGGUGGCAGCUGACGUUAGUCUAGCAUCGAACUAAACCAUUCACGUUGUGGCCACUGCUCCCAAUUGUUCGAUCUUUUCGCCUUACCCUUACCCCUCUCUCCAUCCCUUUAUGAGGGGGAUUUAACCCUCCACAGAGCGCCCCUGAAGUGUCUCAGCAACACAGUCAAAAUGAAACCAGCAACCGCCACCAAAUCCCCCAAUGGUCAUGGCAGCCUCUACAAGGAGGUUCGCUUCUCGCCCACCCCGACCCCCGUCCGUCGGACCCAGUCAGUGCCGGACACUCAUCUUGAUUCAAGAUCACAUUAUGCCCGAGACCCCGAUGCCAAAGGGGCCACUUGCUCGGUAGUAAGUGCGGAUUACCUCCAACAAGUACGGUCGCUCCUCGAUCGCCAGCGUGCAAAUUUCGAGGUUGAGAGGAAACUCUUCAAUGAGGAACGACAAUUAUGGCAGAAUGAACGGGCACUACUAAAUCAGAGGAUCUCCGAACUGGAGUCGUUGCUCAAGGGCAGGGGAUCCACAGGGGCCGCCGCUACUAAUAGUACGGCCCCGACCGGUGCUUUUGCAUCUUAUGCAUUAACAUCUGCAUUUCAAAAUCAAUUCGGCUGCCCGCUUUUAGCAGACUCUAUUGAUCAUCCUCACCCCACGAGUGCCCAAGUGUGGGAGGGUUCUAGCCCUGGCAGUAGGCCCACAAGAGUAUUUCCUGACUUGGAGAAGACGGACCUCCAGGGUCUCCUGUCCCCGGAGCAAGGAGGCAAUCUAUCGGUCUCUGCACCAUCUCUGGACGCCGCUCUCUCGCCCAAGUCGCACGCCGCCGACUUUUCCGCGAGCGCGUGUGUGCCUGUUCCGAUUGAGAGGCUCGACAGCAGGCUUGACGGCAUUACGCUCAAAUCCUCUGCAUUGCCGCCGGAAAUAGUCGCUCGUGUAAUCACGCCGCCGUCGCCGCCAUCACUUGAAGACUCUCCAUCGUUUUCUGGCCGUGCCUCUUUUGAACAUCGCAACAGCUUCAAACUCAAAUUGUCGGAGCUUGGCCCACCAGAGUUCAACCUGACCAGGAACGCUGGUCACACGCCGAUGGCUCGAAUUGAUCGGGAUGUCGACACGGAGCAACCGUCUCCUCAGGAGGUCGCAAACGAGGACGAGCUCCUUGCUCCGGCAGCGCCUCGGCAGCCUGCAGAAAACUCCGAUUCGUAUUUUGCGGAUUUGGCCGAUGACCCAGCUCUGAAGGGGCCUCUCUCCCUGUUGAACGAGGAAGAACACGACAGUGACUUUCUGCGGGAGGUUGACCAAAAGCUUUUAGAUCAAGUCCGGCAGAUCGUUGGGUAUCCUCGAAGCCAUGAGGAUCAAAUCCCGGCCGAGGUCGAGCCUCCAAGCCAGGGGGAGGAGCCUGAAUUGCGGUUCAAGAAGACGACGAACUUUGGCACGGCCUUUGGCAAUUCCGACUGCGGAAAAGUGUAGGGGUGAGCUUAUCUUCUCUUGCAUGUGAUCUAAA